UACUUUCUUGGUUCAUUUUUUACAACUAAGAGGAAGUUCUCGUCAUGGACGGCUCAAACGAUCUUGUUCAGGCCUUUAACGCCAUAGAAAAUGGCAUUAGUGAUUAUAAUGUUAAGGGCAGUUUUGUGGCAGGGAAGAAUGGAAGAACACCGCAAACCAUGUCGUCGUCGUUGCUUCGAAAGAAAUCGGACCCGAUUCUGAUUUCGAAGUUUCGGUUCCAAAUGCUCAGAGACUUCCUCACCAAUUUGCAAGAGGUGAUACUCGGCACCAAACUUGCUAUUCUCUUCCCUGCCAUUCCUCUUGCGAUUGCGGCCGAUUUUUAUCACUUUGGUAGACCAUGGAUUUUUGCUUUGAGUUUGCUUGGACUCACCCCACUUGCUGAACGUGUCAGCUUCCUUACUGAACAAAUUGCAUACUUCACUGGUCCAACAGUUGGAGGAUUAUUGAACGCAACAUGUGGCAAUGCAACAGAACUAAUAAUAGCACUAUUUGCUCUUCACCAAAAGAAAAUUGACGUUGUCAAGUACUCCCUUUUGGGUUCCAUUAUCUCAAACCUCCUCCUUGUUCUCGGCACUUCUCUUCUCUGCGGAGGCCUUGCCAACCUGAAGAAAGAGCAAAGAUAUGAUAGAAAACAAGCGGAUGUGAACGCACUUCUUCUGCUACUGGGAUUGCUGUGCCACAUGUUGCCUAUGAUGUUAAAGUUUGCCGCAACGCCUGGCAUAUAUGUAGCCAAUUAUACGCUUCAGUUGUCAAGAGCAAGCAGUAUUUUUAUGCUUGUGGCCUAUGUAGCCUAUAUCUUCUUCCAGUUAAAAACACAUCGCCAGUUGUUUGAUGCUCAAGAGGAAGAUGAAGAGGAAGAAAAGGCAGCAAUAGGAUUUUGGAGUGCAUUUAGUUGGUUGGUUGGUAUGACAAUUAUCAUAGCCUUGUUGUCUGAGUAUGUUGUCGGUACAAUUGAGGCUGCAUCAAGCUCAUGGGGCAUCUCCGUUAGCUUUAUCAGCAUCAUUUUGCUACCUAUUGUUGGAAAUGCAGCAGAACAUGCUGGAUCAAUCAUUUUUGCUCUAAAAAACAAGUUGGAUAUUUCUUUAGGGGUUGCUUUGGGAUCUGCAACUCAAAUUUCUAUGUUUGUGGUUCCUCUAAGUGUGAUUGUUGCCUGGAUCAUGCACGUUCCUAUGGACCUUGAUUUCAGCCUCCUUGAAACUGGCUCUCUUGCAUUCACCAUAAUUAUCACUGCUUUUACUUUACAGGAUGGAACUUCACAUUACUUGAAAGGAAUGGUUCUUUUCAUGUGCUACCUCAUCAUUGCUGCAUGCUUCUUUGUUCAGAAAACACCACUUAACAAUAUGAAUUUCAAUUUUGGAGCAGAACUUGAACCAUCCUCAGGAGCUUUGGCUGCUUGAUAUCAGGCAGCACGUUGGGAAGUUAUUUCCCAAAUAAAGAACAGUGCAAAGAAGUUCCAUUUCUCAUACUAUUUCGAACAUUUCUCAACCCUGAAAGAACUGUUUAAUUUCCAUUUUGGUUCUCAAAAAUCCUAUUCCAAAUAGAGAGCUCAAGUGAGAUGAGAAUUGAGAGUCUCGGCUACAAAGAAAAGAAUCUCAACUCCGAGAAGGAAGUGUUUUGUGUAUAUACUUCUGCUCUCUCUAUGCCUUUCUAAUAAGGUUUCUUUAUUUCUACAAAAUUUUUCUCCUGUGUGACUGUUUUUUGCCCAGUAUUCCACAAAAAGCAAAUGUGUUGGCUAAUGCAUAGGAAAAUGUCCCUUGUAGCUAGCUUCUACUAAUAAUCCAUGUAAUAAAACUCUCCGGCUCAAUAAAAGUCAAUUCUAUCUGUCAAAUAAAGAUAGUGAAAA